AUGUGGUUUGAACCUCCAGACAAUUAUAAGAAUAAUAAUAAUGAUAGUGAUGAUUAUGAUAGUAACUAUACAGAUGAAGACAUCAAGUUUAAUGAUCAAAAUUCUUACGAGUCCUACGAUGAUAGCGACAGCUACGAGGAAUACCUCAAUCUGACAAGAGAAAUCGUCCCUCAAAAACACUCUAUGAAAGUACUUCAAUUAUUACAAAAUGAUAGAAAAGAUAGCUCAACAAAUAGUUUAGACAUGAAAAUUAAAGUCACAAUGAAUGACAGUACUGAGUUUUUGCAUGUGCAUAAGUUUCUAAUCUCCUCAUGUUGUCCCUAUGUCAAAAGUUACUUGGUAAACAUGCCAAAAACAGAUGAUUGUAUCGUAGAUAUGACUGGCUUAAAUGGUGAAAGUGUAUCUGUGAUACUUGAUUGGAUAUACACAGGAGUGUGUAAGAUAACUUCAAGAACAGCUAUUGAUAUCCUAGUCUCAGCUGACUUUUUAUGCAUUGAUGAUGUUGUAAAAUUAGCUGCCGACUUUCUCUCACACAAUCUUUCAUAUGAAAAUUGCCUAGAAGUUUACAUGCUUUCUAUUUGUUAUGAGACGUUUGGUAUUUUUAGAGAUAGAGUUUACAAGUAUAUGCUUUGUCAUUUCUAUACACUACUUAGCCAAUGUUAUUUAGAUGAUCUACCAGUUGAGAAAGUCCUUGAACUUUCAUCUGACGACGGCCUAAUUUUGUUCUGCCACAAAUUUGUCAACUUAGAAAGUUCUGAUCAGGAAAUAAAACUCUUCGAAGUUGUGAAAAGUUAUUUGGAAAGGAAAAAUUUACAGAGUUAUUGGCUAGAUUUUUUGACAAAAUCAAUUCGAUUGGGUUUUUUGGUUCCAGAUCAGAUAAAAAAUUUGAUAGAUAGUUCUCAAGGAUGGCUAGGAGAUUGCUGCAAAAAAGAUGAAUGUGUAUUGCUAUUACAAGAUCUCUAUAAUAAGAAGAAGCAGGAAGAUUCAAUAUCUGAAUCGCAAUAUCCCAUUUGGUCUAAACCAAGAAUAGUUUUGAAAGGUUUCAACUACAACAGGACAAGGUUCAUAGCAAUUGUUGGGUACCGGUAUGAGCAUAACGAUAACUUUGGUGACAACACGUCGGAGGACAAUGACCUUAUGAAAAGGGGCUCCCUGCUCAUGAUUCGUCGGGUGAAGAUUUUCUUGAGAGAAUGGGAUGAUAUUAUAAUAAUUGGAGGAAUUGAAGCCAGUUACUCGGACAACAGGAUAUGGCGUGAAGGCUUGAAUGAGGAAACAGUUCAUGGUGCAUUCGAGUUUACACUGAAAGACGACGAAUUCAUCAACAAAGUAGAGUACACUCACGGUCACAUGUUAGACUCCAUUACUUUUUACACCAAUUUGGAAAACAAGUACGGGCCGUACGGCGGUGUCGGGGGUGGUUUUGGUAAAUGUAAGCCUCGAAAAAAGCGCGGGUUUUUGGCGGCGAUGUUUGCUGAAACCAUUACAGAUAGGGAUUUGCCUACUAUUAGGUAUUUAUCUUUCUACUGGGGCGUCCCUAGCAAACAUUUAAAAUCCUAUUUUGCUUGA